CCGACGGCCUGCCCAUCUGGUAAUGUAAUCCCACAACCCAACUUUCUCAGUUUGCCAGACUUCGCUCCAGCAAGCUCAUCCCACUCACCUAACAUCCCUUCAGCAAACCAGAGCAGACGCCAUGGCCGCCGUGUCCACCUCCGCUCUUGUUGCCCCCAGCUCCAUCAAGAGCUUCGAUGGCCUCCGCGCCAGCGCCACCCCCAGCCGGGUGGUGAAGUUCGCUCCCCUGAAGGGCAAGGGUGCCCUUGGUGCCCGCUGUGACUACAUUGGCUCCCCCACCAACCUGAUCAUGGUGAGCUCCAUCGCUCUUUGCUUCGUCGCUGGCCGCUUCGGCCUUGCCCCCUCAGCGAACAGGAAGUCCAGCGCCUUCCUGAAGCUGAGCGAGAGGGAGACUGGCCUUGGCACCAACGACCCUGCUGGCUUCACCGGCACUGAUGUGCUUGCUUUCGGAGCUGUCGGCCACGGCAUUGGCAUCGGCGUCGCCCUUGGCCUUAAGUACCUCGGCGUGAUCUAAGCAAUUCCAAUGCUGUACAUUUUCAAGAAUAGAUAAAUGAAAGGCUUUUACAAUUCUUAAUUUAAACAUUUUCCUGCUGC